AUCACCCAUCACCUACAACUGAUGUCCGCGGAUAGGCUAUGAAAUAUAGAUAAUAGGCCGUACUGCCAUAGGCUACUACUCAUUUGUCCCCGUUGUCCGCCAGCUACGACUCCGCGAGUUUGACAAAGUCAAAGUGACAGAUCGCAGACUCCCGGUGGCUGGACCGACCGACCGACUCUACCGGAUUACCAAGCAUACCGAUUACCACCCACCUAUGAUAGACGCGUUUCCAUAGACCAUUCUCGUUGAAUAUUUUUAUUACUGUUCAUUAUUCAGUAAUCAGUUGUAUUAUUAUUGUUGUUGUCAUAUUAUUUUGUUGAUAACAGUGUAAAAUAUUUUAAUAUUCGACACACUGUCUGUCUGUCUCGUUUCGACGGACGUUGCGCACAUCCCUCGUCCGCCUCUUACGUAACAAAAUUAUUGUUAAAAGUUAAAACGUAUUUUGUUCAUUUCUCUCUCGUAGUGAUAACACGUUGUAACUUGUCUGUUUUGUGUGGUCGUAUUGCCGAAUAUCGCCGACCGCCGUUGUACCGUAGCGAGUAUUUACGGCGAGCGCAAUAAUAGUAUAAUUUAUCGCGCGUCGUCGGUCGAUCGAUUGCCGACGACUAUUAUCGAGUAUUCUUGUUACGUAGUGUACGGUUUUCAGAUUUCCCGACCGGUUGACGGAGCUUCUCGACUAAUCGCAACAGGUUGAUGAGUGAUAUCGAAUUUGAUACCAAGAUGUCAGAAAGUGUACAGACUGAAACAAUAACAAAGCCUGAAAAAAAUGCAGCCGAUAGUCCUUCAACAGCAAAAAAAAAUAGUAUUCUUAGACACCGUAAGAUACCCUCUGCCGACCUUAACAAUAAAUCAGAUGAAUUAAUAGCGGAGAAAACUGAUUUAUUAUCUGGCCCUUCAAAUGGAAACAAUGAUGUGACGUGUAGUUUAUCCAAUGAAACAAAUGAAAACAUGGAUAUUGGAACUAUGGCUCAAGCAGAGUUCCAACAUGUUGCUGCUCAAGCCCGCGAUCUUGGUCGGAAAAUGUGGAAUGUGUGUAAUUUCCACAACUUACCUCAAUGGCUCCAGGAUAAUGAUUUCUUGCAUACAGGACACAGGCCACCGUUGAAUUCAUUUCAGGCUUGUUUUCAAUCUAUUUUUCGAAUUCACACUGAAACUGGAAACAUAUGGACACAUUUGUUAGGAUGUAUUGCAUUUUUUGUUAUGACUCUAUACUUUGCGUCUAGACCCGAAGAAGAAUUAUCGUUUCAAGAUAAAUUAGUUUUCAUUAUAUAUUUUAUUGGAGCAAUUACUUGCAUGGGUUUUUCGUUUGUAUUUCAUACUGUUCAUUGCCAUUCAGAAACUGUUGGCAAAUUUUUCAGCAAAUUGGAUUAUUGUGGAAUUGCCAUACUGAUUAUGGGAUCAUUUGUGCCAUGGUUAUACUAUGGGUUUUAUUGUGAGCCAUAUUCGUGGAUAUUGUAUUUAAUACUGAUUGUUGCACUGGGACUGGUGGCGAUGGUCGUAGCACUAUGGGACAAAUUCAGUGAUCCAGGCCUCAGGCCACUCAGAGCAGGUGUUUUUACUACAUUUGGAUUGAUUGGUGUUAUACCAGCACUUCAUUAUGGAGCUGUGGAAGGAUUCUUUUCUAACUUUACAUUGAUUAGUCUCGGAUGGCUAUUACUCAUGGGAUUUUUGUAUAUCUCUGGUGCUUUGUUGUAUGCUUUAAGAGUACCAGAAAGAUUUUUCCCCGGAAGAUGUGAUUUAUUGUUCCAAAGCCAUCAGAUAUUCCAUGUACUUGUUAUACUUGCAGCAUUUGUUCAUUACCAUGGUAUUACAAAAAUGGCAGAAUACAGGCUGAGCAAAGGUGAAUGUGAAGUGCGCCCGGCUGUUGUUUAGUACGAGAGUUUGGUAGGUGAUGGACUUCUUUAAAAUUAUACAACUGUUAGUUGUCCAAUUUGAAGGAGAACCGAGUUUCCAUGCUGACACUGAUAUGGUUAAAAUAAAAUUAUGUUAUUUAAUUCAGAUAAAAAUGUAUAACUUAAAAACCAAACGAAAAAAAAAUUGCUAAAGAUUACAUUACAAUUUAGUUUUUGUUUUAUGUAGUCAUAUACUUAAAUUAUAAUUUUGAUUACAAAAAAAAAAAUUUGCAUAUAUUUUUACUACUUAUACAUAUAUUUUAUAGUAUGUAUUAUUAUAAAAGUUCAUAGUAUACAUUUAUAAAUUCUAGUUAGAUUUUAUUCAUUAAUAUUAUAUUGUUACUAUCUUGUACAUUAUAUUAUUAUAGAUUAGAAUAAUGUAUCAAAAUUCAAAACUACUGAUGCGUUAAAGUCUAAAAUGUUGUUUGAGCAAUGGUAUUGAAAUACAAAUAAUACUUCUUUAUCAUAUCCCCUGCCACAAAAAAAGUAUUUAUUAAAACUUUUUUUUUCAACUUAAUUAUUUUUACGUACCGAUGAUGCAGAUAUGGAAAUAACUUUAUUUAAUUUUUUUUAUAAUUUGUGACAAAAAUAUAGAUCAAUUAAUUUUUAUAUUUAACACUUGGUAUUGGAACUAAUAGAUCAUUUGAUACAUCUCUGAUAUGUAUGUCUUAAAUACACUAUAACUCAUUUAAUGUUACAUACCUCAUAGUGUUGAUUAAAUUAAUAAUAUUUUUGAUUUGAUGAAACACUAUGUAUGUAUAUGUCACUUGUAUUAUUAUUUAAACUAAUGAACAAUUUCAAUUUUAAAAUAAUGAAAUAAUGAUUGAAAAUCAUACCUUAAGACUUAGUAUACUCCAAAUUAUUUUUGUAUUUGUUAUUUUGUCAAAAAGUUAGUAAUACUUUUCUGUUUUUUGUAAAUCCUUAACACGUUGACUGUAAUGGGACUGCCCCCGGUCACAUGGCUGUUUUUAGUACGGGGUCACGCUUUAUUUUUAAUGUCAUGAAUUUUUAAUGAAUGCAUUUUAUUUUUUUGUUAUUAUAAUUUUUAAUCUGUUAAAGGCAAGUAAUAUAUCACUUAAUGCAAUUUUUUCUUCUCCAUCAUCAAAAAUUAUUUAUUAUUAGUUUAACACCAUGGAAACUCUUUCAUUGACAAAUAAAUGUGUUUAUGACAUCUCGCGGUCAAAUUAUGGCAUAUAGAUAUGACAAGGUGUGACCGCCAAGUACCCGUAAAAAUACUCUUUUACCCUGAUACUGUGUGGACUCUGUUUCAUGGCAGUCAAUGUGAAUGUGUAAAUUACUGUUCAACAUUUUAUGUCUUGAUUAAUAAAAAUCAAAGGUGCAAUAAUAGUGUAUGCUUAUGAUUUCAUAUAGUGUACAUUUUUUCUAUAUCAUAUAAAUAAAAAACAAUAAUAUAUAAAUAUAGGUAUAAAUAAACUUAUAGGUUUUUAAAUUAUUGUUAAUACAAUUUUGUCAUUAUUAUGCUGUGGUUUUGAAGUUUGUCUCUGUAUUAGAAUGAUGAGUUUUUUCGUUAAUUAUGAUACUAAAAAAUGAUAAACAUUUUUUUUUAUGCAUAUUAAACAAAACCAAUUCAUUUGUGUAAAUUCUAGAAAACAAACUAGCAUGCAUACACAUCAUAGUGUCAACAGCAAAGUUACAAAAUCAAAUCAAAAUUUAGUAUUAGAAAAUUACAAAUACUAAAAAAAAAAUAGUAUUAGCAUUUGUCUAAUUGUUAUCUAGUCUAUUUUUAAGUCUUGCUUUAAAAUCACACUAUUUUAAACCUAAGUUAAAUAAUAUUAUGUAUGCAGUGUACUACAUUUUUAAAUAAUAGAAAAAGUCACAAAUUGUAGCAAAGAUGACAACAACAACAAAAAGAUAAUAAUGCUGUGUUAUAGAUUACCUAUAGUUGUGCUUUCUAUACAUCAAUAAUUUACAUUCAGUAAUAAUACGGUAGCUAUAUUUUAUUGUUGUAAACUAGUUUUUGAAACCAGAAUUGUAUCCGUAUUGUUUUUUGUUGCUUUCUUAACAGUUGUCUCAGACCUCAGUAUACAUUAAAAUAUUACAAUGGCUAUUACUAUUACUCGUAUAUUACACAAGCUAUUACACUAGUAUUUUUAAUAGAGUAUAUUAUUAUGUUUUUAAUUUCAUAUUCCUAAGAAGAAUAUUUUUCUGAGAACUUCGAUAUUCUUAUUACAAAAAUCAAAUUUUGGACCUGUAGUUCUUAGUAAUUUAUAACUUGUAUGUACUUUAACCUUCAAAUUUUUGUGAACAGAGUGUGCACCAGUAUUUUGAGACGUUUUUGGUUCUACUUUUGAGUAUAGAUAGUAUAGAUACUAUAGAUAGAUACCAUCUAUACUCAAUGGUACUACUCAUUUAAAUUUUAAACUCUGUAAGUCUUAAAUAUUUAACUGUUGGUUCAAAAUUCAAUUUUUAUGCAUACAAAUUCUUAAAAAAAUAUUUUGCUUAAGAAUUUAAAUCUAAAUACGAUGAACGUUAUUAUUCAAAAAAAAUAAAAACUUAAAAAUAAAAAUGUUUGUACAAUAAAUUCAAAUUUUGUGAAAAAAAAAAAAUACAUUUUCAGAGAUAGCUACUUACGUACAUAGUUAUAAAUUAUACACACACGCAUAUUGUACUAUUAAGAUUUUGAAAAUCAUCUAUUAUUAUUAUUAUCAAAGCUAGGAAAUAUGGCGUAUGUUCAAUGUUGUUUGUAUUACGGGUGGCCGGUGGGAUGAUGUUUUAAAAGUAUAAUAGUAUAUAAAUCAUUGUUGUGGAAAGAAUGUACGACUUAAGAUUCACGAUGUACGAAUUUGAAUUAUUAAUAUAUUAAUAUUAUAAUUUAUAAUACAUUAUGUUGUAUGCAAGGCCGUCCGCAAAAGGGGAAAAUGUUGACAUUAUUCCUCCCCCCCUCAACUUUUUGUAGGUAAAUUAUCAUAAUCAUUAUUGGUGAUUUUAAUGUCCUAAAAAAACUUAAAAAAUGCCCUAAAAUUCUUAAUAGUGCACUUCAUUAUUUUAUAUUUUUAAUAAUAUCAGUAUAAAGUCUAACAUAAAUUUGGUAUUAUAAUAUACAUUUUAAAAUGUUAAUAGAUUGUAAAAAAGUUUGAUUGACAGAACUGAUCUUUUUGGACUUCAUUAAUCUGAAAUUUGAUAAAAUUAUUUCUUUUUUUUAUAGAUUUAGUAUUAAGUUUCAUAUAAUAUUUAUUAUAAAUUUCAUGAAAAGCAUGCACAAAUUUAAAAAAAAAUUCAAAAUUCCCCAAAAAAUGACUUAAAAUAAUUUAAAAUCGUUGAAAAAUGUAAAAUAAAAACUUCUUAUUCUAUUUGUGUAUUUUAUAAAACAAGUAUCGCUUGGAGAACAAUGAAAAGUCCAUCGAAAUCCCAACCUUAAUUAUUACCUAUGUAAUAUAAAACAUCAAAAAAUAAAAAUUUUUAAAAUUAAUAAUAAAAAUAUUUUUUUUCUUUGUUACGAGUGAUUACACUCAAUUAUGAACGUCAGUAAUAAGAAUGUACAUAGAUGGCAUAUAAUAGUUUCAACUUUUCAAGUUCAUGACAAUUAAUUAAAAUGAAUGCUGUAAGAUUACCUAAGUUUUAACUAACUAUCUACGUAUAAAUAAUUUUUACAUUCCCUACCCAUAUGAAAACAUGUCACUAACAAUACUUUAUCACUAAUAGGGUAGUGAAACAACAAUUUUAAAAAGGGAAAAUAUUUUGCCCUCCCCUUGACAAAUUCCUGCGGACGCCCUUGGUUAUAUACGUGUAACGUGUGGAUUUUUAAUCGCUGUGUAAAUCACGAUUGUGAUGUUGUAUUAAUGUAUUGCGUUUAGUCUUUAUAAUAUAAUAUUAUGUUAUCGCUGUGAUAAUAUUUUACGAUUAUAAAAUAAAACAUGUAAUAUUAUAGACUAAAUUAUACACAUUAUAUUAUA